GGAGUGAAAGAAUAUUGAGGUGCUUACGCUACCGUCUCUUCACAAAAAAUAAUACUACUGAUCACGAUGCCUGAGAUUGCCGAAGUCGCGCGCAUAGUACACUUCCUCAACAAGAGGCUGGUGGGAAAGACCAUAGCCAGUGCCUCUGCCAUAGAUGAUAGCAGCGUCUUUGGCAAGGUCGGAACUAGCGGGAAAGAAGUGGAAGAAGCCUUGAAAGGAAGAACAGUUAUUUCAGCGGGCAACCAAGGGAAAUAUUUCUGGAUAACUUUAGACAAACCACCACAUUUAGUAAUGCAUUUUGGCAUGACUGGCUGGGUACACAUAAAUGGCGAGAAAACGGCCUAUACAAACUAUUACAAGAAAAUGAAAGAAAGCGAUAUCGCCCAAUGGCCUCCCAAAUUCUGGAAGUUUCACAUCAGCACAACUGACAAAGAACCCGUCGAGGUCGCCUUUACCGAUGCCCGGAGGUUUGGUCGCGUGCGGCUCGUCAACUGCCCUGGCGAGUCCAUCCGGAAGUACUCCCCGCUGGUGGAGAACGGGCCAGAUCCCGUGGUUGACAAGAACAUCUUUACGGAAGAGUACCUUCGCAGCAAGAUAAAAUCCCGUCAUGUCCCCAUCAAGGCGUUGUUGCUUGACCAGACUGUCAUCAGCGGCAUUGGAAACUGGGUUGCCGACGAGACGCUCUACCAGUCCAAAAUCCAUCCGGAACAGUACUCUGAUACCUUUGGCGACAAGGAGAUUGCGCGCCUGCACGAGGCUAUUUGCUAUGUCUGCCAGCUAGCCGUAGACAAGCUCGGCGACUCGAAUGAGUUCCCCGAGCACUGGCUUUUCAACCACCGAUGGGGCAAAGGAGAUAAAGGCUCAUCUCCCAAGCUUCCAAAUGGCGAGAAACUCGCCUUCAUUACAGUUGGCGGACGGACCAGUUGCUACGCUCCUGGCGUACAAAAGAAAACUGGCGCUGUCGCUGCCAGUGCCAGAAUAGAGCCUGUAAAGAGCGAAUCAGGCAAAGCGAAACCUGCAAAGGGCAAGCCUGUGAAGACAGAGCCUAAGGAAAAAGAAGAUGAUGACGAAAAGGAGGCAGUGGAAGAGAUUAAACCCAAGAGAUCACGAAAGCAGUCAACAGAGGUCAAGGAAGAGCUCGAAGAAUCCGAUGUAGGGAGCCCGCCUGCCAAGAAGAGGCGAGGCAAAGUCGCGGUGGCAAAGUCGAAGUCUACUCCCAUUAAAAAAGAAAUCAAAGGAGUGGUAGAAGAAGAUAGCGGUCGUCGCCGGUCCAGCCGCCUGAGGAAGUAGACGUUGGGAAAUAGUGAUGCGAUGUUCAAUUACAGCGUGCGAUUUUCUUGGAUAGAGUUGCAUUUUACAUCCAUCACACUUCAUUUACGAAAGCGACAAUGAUCAAUAUAGAUGUACAUGC